UCUAGAAACGUUGAUUAUAGCAAAAUUAGAGAAUAAGAAGCUAAACUAAAGGUAUAUAGCUCUUCAGGAGAUUCUGCUGCAUCGAUUUUGUGUAAGAAACUUAAAUGAGAACGAAGCAAAAUAUAAUUAAUUAACAUAAUAGUUCAUCGAACUUCAAGGUACGUCAUUCUACAUAUUUCGAUCAUAAAACACCUACACAUCGAGCAAUUUGAUUGGUCUGUCUGCUAGUGACAAUUAAUUUUCCUUUGGGGGAAGAAAGCUAUUUUCGAUUAAUUACACAUCAAAGAAACGAUUUUUGGAAAAACUGAACUCGAAUAAUUCGAUCCAGAAGAUCGAUCUUUCAAGCAAAAGGAUCGAUUUCGUUGAAAAUCGAAUCGGAAUCGAAUAUCCCCAAUUGUUGUUGGAUGGAAUUGAGAACAAUAACAGUGUCGCAUUCGAACACAAUGAAAAAGUGAAUAAAGGUGUUACUUGUAAACUAAAAAUGCCUCCGAAACCUAAGCCGGGUUAUAAAAAAUCAACAGUGGCUAAGAAAAGUACUACAACCCCAAAACCAACAAGUUCUGCGAGCACUUCUGAAAAUAAAAAUGCAGAAACCACAAGUGGUUUAACGCAAGAAGCCGAGGAUCAAUUUGAGCUUGAAUUAUGCUGGUGCAUUCAGCAAUUAGAAACAUCUUUAACCGCUGGCAAACUUUCUGAUAAGCAGAUGCAAGAUUUAACUAAAAAUAUAAAUAUUUUAAAAAGCAAUGCGGCUCCUCUAAUAAAGAAGAGACAAGUAAUGAGAAGUACUUUAGGAAAUUACAGAGAGAAAAUGGCUUUGGAACAGCAGAAACAUGGGAAAACAGCGUCAUCCAUAAAAUUUGUAUCUGCUCCAAAGCAAAAGGAAAAAUGUGUAUUCGUUAAAAAAGCAAUUUGUAAAUCGACAAAGGAAACGCAGAAUUUGGUCGAUGACGAUGCUUCUUCAAAGACCGAUGACGAUUCUGCCAGCAAUAUCGAGACUAUGUUUAAAUUUAAUUUUACAAUGAAAGAAUAAAUCUGCAUUUUGUACAUUCAUCUGCGUAAAACUGUA